AUGAAGUACACUGUCGCCUCCCUUCUUGGAUCCGCAGCCCUGGUGGCUGCCCACGGCUACGUCGAGAAUGCCACGAUCGGCGGAGAAGCCUACACCUUCUACCAGCCCUACCAAGACCCCUACAUGAACCCCGCCCCCGACCGUGUCUCCCGUGCCAUCCAGGGCAACGGCCCCGUCGAGGACAUCACCAGCAUCGACCUCCAGUGCGGUGGCUACUCCGCCGGUGGCGUUGAGGGCUCCAAGCCCGCCAAGCUCGAGGCCAAGGUUGCCGCUGGCUCCGAGGUCACCCUCAACUGGACCCUCUGGCCCGACUCCCACGUCGGCCCCGUCAUCACCUACAUGGCCAAGUGCCCCGACGCCGGCUGCACCGACUGGCUCCCCGGCACCGAGGCCGUCUGGUUCAAGGUCCAGGAGGGUGGCCGCGAGGGCACCACCAACAACUGGGCUGCCACCCCUCUCAUGAAGGCUGGCAACUCUGGUGUCAAGUAUACCAUCCCCGAGUGCAUCUCCCCCGGACACUACCUCGUCCGCCACGAGAUCAUCGCUCUCCACGCCGCCUACUCCUACCCCGGCGCCCAGUUCUACCCCGGCUGCCAUCAGCUUGAGGUUACCGGCUCCGGCAGCACCACCCCCUCCAACCUGGUCGCCUUCCCUGGUGCCUACACCAAGGACGACGCCGGCAUCGUCUUCGACGCCUACAAGGCCCAGGAGUACAAGAUCCCCGGCCCUGCCCUGUUCUCUUGCUCCGGCUCCAACUCUGGCUCCGGCUCCGGCUCUGCCCCCGCUUCCUCUGCCGCCCCCGUUGCCACCUCCGCCGCCGCUACCUCCGCCCCUGCUGCCACCUCCGCUGCCGCUGCCCCCAGCGCUACCCCCGUUGAGGCUGAGGACGACGAGGACGACUGCCCUGCCGAGUCCGCCACCCCCACCUCCGCUGCUGCCGUUACCCAGGCUGCCGUCACCCCUACCCAGGCCGCUGAGUACGAUGAUGAGGAUGACUGCCCCGCUGAGUCUGAGGCUCCCGUCGCCACCCCUACUCCCACCCAGCCCGUUGACGAGGACGACGAGGACGACUGCCCCGCUGAGUCUGAGGCUCCCGUUGCUACCCCCACCCAGGCCGCCGAGGAGGAGGAUGAGGAUGACUGCCCUGCCGAGUCUGAGGCUCCCGUCGCCACCCCCACCCCUACCCAGGCUGCUGACGAGGAGGACGACGAGGACUGCCCCGCCGAGACCCCCUCUGCUGUCGCUAAGCGCCAGUCUUUCCACGAGCGCCGCUCCGCAUAA